AUGAGCGACCGACAAAUGCCGAGCAUAUUCCACGAGUGCGAUGAGCUGAAACAGGUGUACGACAAGUGCUUCAGCGAGUUCUUCCAGAAAUUCAUCACGCCCAAUUAUCGCCACCAAUACGCCGUCAAUCCGUGCGAGCGGCUACACGAGGCCUACAACGAUUGUGUCAAAGAGCGGCUCGAGAAGACGAAAAUCUACGAUAUCGAUUUGGACGAGUUGCGCAAAGAAGUGAUCGGUUCCGAGGAGGACAAACUGAAGCACCAACAACAACAACAGCACAAGAAA